AUGAGCUCCAGAGUCCAGACACUGCCGAAACCUCCCGCAGAUGACGUCCAGCGCAUACUCUGGGGGAAGACAUCGGAUCUUGAGCGCAAAAUUCAUGAGCUGUUCCGGGGAAAUCCUAGUAUUGAGAACAGCCAUUCUGAGAAGAAACCACUUCCAGAGCAGUGGAAUCGAAUCGUACUUGGCCACCAGACCGCGCUCGACAAGACACGUCCUAUCCUUGUGUCGUUGCUCAAAAAGACAAUGAGAAUCUGGCCAUACUUGUUGAUUCGGAUUGCGAGAUGA